CCAGAGUGAAGUUAGCAAUGUUAUUUCUCAGUGUCAACGUCAACGUCAUGUCAACAUUUGUUAUUUUUUCAAUAACCUCAAUAAUCGUACUAAUAAUUUGAACAGUUUUUAAUUUAUUUCGAAUUUAAGUAAAUAAUUUUUCGUUACUAUCUUAAACAUGGACGAUUUCAUUUGCCCGCGAUGUAGAACAUCGAAGUUCCAAAACCCCUCAAUGAAGAUGAUGGUGAAUGUUUGCGGUCACGGUUUGUGCGAGAGUUGCGUUGAUUUGCUGUUUCUAAAAGGCUCUGGUUCAUGCCCGGAAUGCAGAAUACCUCUGAGAAGAAACAAUUUCAGAGUUCAGUUGUUCGAAGACUCUGCUGUCGAGAAGGAAGUGGAUAUACGCAAAAGAGUGUUGAGAGACUACAAUAAGAGAGAAGAGGAUUUUGCGACACUACAAGAGUACAAUGAUUAUUUAGAAGAAGUAGAAACUAUUAUAUUCAAUUUAACUAAUGAUAUUGAUAUAGUGAAUACUAAUAAACGUAUUGAACAGUACAAACGUGAUAACAAAGAACAGAUAUUAAAAAGCAAAGGUCGAUUAGGUAGGGAAGAGUACGAAAUGGAAGAAAUGUUGGAAUUCGAAAAGCAAAGAGAAGAAGAACGGAAGAAGGUAAUUCAAUUAGAGGAAGUCGAAAUAAAGAAAAAGAAAAUCCGAGAAAAAGAGGCGCUAAUCGACGAAUUAAUGUUUUCCAAUGCCGAUGCCAAAAACAUUCUAGACACGUUCGCCCAGCAAGCUCAACAAGAAAAGAAAGAAGAAGAAGAAGAGGAAGUUAGAAAAAUCCCCGGAAAGGCUACUCAAUUCUCCACCGGUAUACAAUUUGGCCGCCAAAGUCAUUCCACCUUCUUACCCGUACCUACAGACGAAGGCCCCAUAUAUGUUUAUAAACCAUUGGAAUUCGACUCGGAUGGACCGAAACCACCUAAUGAUAUUGAUAUUGUAGAGAAGCAUUUCUUGAAUCACGUCCGAUCGGAAACUGAUACAGAAAGAGCUGGAGGUUACAAAGCUAAUAUAGCUUGCUUAAGAGCGUUACAGGACGCUAUGAUGGGAUUGUUCCAUUCCAAGAAAUCGAUUAAGUCAUAAAUUGUUUCAUGUUAUCGUUUUAAUUUUGUAAAAAAUAGAAUAAAUUGGUUUUCAUUCAUUACUAAAAA